UGCGGACGCUCCGACACGUCCAUGGGGCCAGUGGCGGUGGCCAUCGUCGGCAAAUGUCGAUGCUCACGCGUGACUACAUCCACAAAUGUCUGUACAGCAAGGAAGUCGGGUACUUCACAUCCGAGAAGAGGGAGGUGUUGCAUGCACCAAAGGAACCCAUGGCGUUCCACGACUUUUGGGGAAAGCGUGAGUACAAGGCGGCAUUGGCCAAGCUAUACCAGGCAGACAAGGAGGCGUGGAUGACGCCUGUGGAAGUGUUUUACCCGUACUAUUCGCACGCGAUCGCGAAUUACAUGCUCAUGUCGCCAUUCACAACGGACAAAUUGUCGAUUUACGAGAUUGGCGGCGGGGCUGGCACCAAUGCCAAGUGCAUCCUCGACUACAUUCAGGAGCAAGCGCCGGCGCUUUACGAACACACGACGUACACGCUGAUUGAAAUCUCGCCGCGGAUGGCCGCUCGGCAACGCGAGCGCAUCAAAGACCAUGCGGGGGUCGCCACGGUGAUCAACACGGACAUCCUGACGUACUCGGCGCAGUUUCCAGCGUUCAAGGACUCGUGCUACUUUGUGGCGAUGGAGGUGCUGGAUAACCUUCCGCACGACAAGGUCUUGCAGGACGGCGGCGAGUGGUUCGAGACGUGGGUCGAUCCCACAACGCUGUCGGAACAGCGCCGGCCGCUCGAGGACCCCCUCGUCCGCCAAACACUUGACCAUUUUCCAAUCGACUUGCCUUUGCGCGAGGGGUACAAGCCUGCGACACGCUUCGUUCGCAAAGCGAUGGGCAUGGCCGACAAGACGCUGCACUCUGCAUUUGUCCCUACCGGCGCCAUGCAACUGCUCCACACCCUCCACACGAGCUUUCCAAAGCACCAUCUCAUCGCGGCAGACUUCGACGAACUCCCGGCGCCAUCGCUCGACGCUUCUUCGUCGCAUCCGCUCUUCCACCACCCCCGCAGCCCCACGUCCACCGCAUCCGGCCCUCUGCAUGCCGCCAAUGCGCCGCUGGUGGCGUCCAAAACGGCCGGCGUGACAUGCGACCACGAUACGUACCUGGUGGAAGGAGGCAUCGCGGACGUGUUCUUUUCGACUGACUUUGUCAAGCUCAAGCAUGCGUACUGCCUCGCGCAGCACCGCCAGGCCCAUCAAGUGUCGAUCGUGAAGUCGAGUGCGUUUCUGCAGGAAUUUGCUGACACGGCGAAAACGCGCACGAUUCUCGGGUACAACCCCCUGCUUGAGGACUACGCCAACACGAGCUUUAUUUUGAGCUAAGUUAGUUGGAACACCAAAUAACGUGUGUACUUGCAUACUAUAGUCGUUGUGGUCAUGAUAUUAUUGUAAUCGAAUCGCGCCGACCAAACCG